UUUAUGUCCUUCAUUUCAUUCAUAAUUUCUCUUCUCGAGAACUUGCAAGCCCUCUUCGUCAAUACUUUUUCAUCCAUCCAUCUACGACCUUCCUUGAGACCAUGAUGUGCGAAUGCAAUAGCAACGAGUUCAUCUCCCCGCCGCCCCGUCCCGACAACCCCAUGGCCGCCAACCUGGAAUUCAAUACGGAGUCGCCGUCUUUGGUAUCUUCAAUGGCGCAGAUGGAAGAUCGCUUUGAAGACGAGUACACGAACCUAUCUUUUGAAGAACUGGAAUUCCUGAAUCAUCACAGUGCUGACAACAACACUCUUCAAUGCUCAACCUCGCCCAAGAUCUUCCUCCCAGACAUUGACGACGACGACGAUUGUCUCGCAAAGGAAGCCGACGGCAUCUUCAAGGUCGAGGAUUCGAGUCUGAACCAUCACGACGCGAGCUUUGAAAGUGUGGGUCUUACUCCGUUCACUCACAGCAUCAAGAUGAAGCCAGGAACUAAUCUGCCGGUGCCCAACAUCAUCACGACCACCACAACAAAUAAGACCAAGCGCGAGCUCACGUUUUCUCCAAUUCAAAAGUUUCCCACACAGCCCAACUAUAUCGCCACUCGACGCAAGGUCCUGUUUGUCACGCCCAAGAAAGCACUGCUUCAGUCCCCAGCCUCAAUCAGCCACAACAAGAUGCGCCGUAUUCGCAAGACUCCUUAUCCCAAAUCAUCACCCGGUCUCAAGCAACAGCAAGAGCAGAAUCAACGACCCCCCAAGACUCCCAUCACCGUGGGAGGUCAAGGACGUGCCUUUCGAUCACCUGCAGUGGGAUUCUAUGGAAACAAGAUGAUGGUGACCACCGCUUACUCCUCUUGCUUUGACACGCCCCAUCCCAACACGGCACCCGAAACCACCAUUUACACUCCAGGGUCCUCGGGAUCGAAGCCGGAAGCUGUGCCUCAGGAAUGGUUAGACUUGUAUCACGCACGUCCUUCUGCCAGCGACGACAGUGGCCGGACAGCUUCCUGGAUUCGCAAAGUGCUCGGGUUUCGACGCAAGAAGAUAGCAUCACCUUCGUUGGCUGUGAACGAGGGCGAGGGGAACGCUUCCCCCACAGUCCCCACAGUGAAUGAAAACCCUGGCUUCGUCGAUGUGCUCUACUGAACUCAAACACUUCAAGUCAUUCCGAUUAUCAUCACGAUGGGAGAAGCACUUCCUACGUUUGAGAAUAUAAAUCGAAAUACACUAGAAUAAAGCUAAAGACUUCGGCAUGAAUAGAUGCAUUCAUC